CCGCGCUUUAUCUAAAUACUCUCACAUUCCCGCUUCCAACUAUUUCAUUCCCUUCUCUCACCAUUGACAAUUUGGUCCCGAAACGACGACGCAUCUCUGUUCACCAUUGAAUUCACCUUCCACAAAUCCACAACACAAGCGAAACUGUUUUGCCCCAAAUAUCCAACCCAAACUCAAUGAACUCUCGAGAACUUUCUCUAGUGGCCACGGCAACUCUAGUUGGCGCCUUCGCCUCCGCAAUCGCUCUCCGUUUCUUCCACCGCUCCCAAACUCACCCAUCCAAAUCCAAAACCAAUCCCUCGCAAAACGGCACCGUCUCUUCUUCUACAGACCCUUUUGACCCCUCCAAACGCAAAGAAUACUUGUCGUGGGAUGAUUAUUUUAUGGCAAUUGCGUUUUUGUCUGCGGAAAGAUCCAAAGACCCUAACAGGCAGGUUGGUGCAUGCUUAGUGAGUCAAGAUGGUAUAAUUCUAGGGAUUGGUUAUAAUGGAUUUCCAAGAGGUUGUUCUGAUGACAAGUUACCAUGGGCCAAGAAAUCUAAGACCGGGAAUCCUUUGGACACUAAGUACCCUUAUGUUUGUCAUGCUGAAGUAAAUGCUAUUCUUAACACAAAUCAUGCCUCUGCUGCUGGACAACGGCUGUAUGUGACCAUGUUUCCUUGCAAUGAGUGUGCCAAGAUCAUAAUCCAGUCAGGAGUUUCUGAAAUUAUUUAUUUUGUGGAGAAGAGAUUAGAAAAUUCAAAUGUUAUAUAUACUGCCUCUCACAAGCUACUUUCAUUGGCUGGUGUGAAGGUGAGGAAACACCAACCAGCGAUGAGUGAGAUUCAUCUGAAGUAUGAUGAGCACUAGCUUUUGAAGCUUGGCAUGACAUUACAUGACAUGUAUUCAGUGUUUGUAGUAACUAUCUUCUGAAAUCAGAAUGACCGGAGAUGUUGCCUGUGAUGUGAUGAUUCUGGUUACUUCAAGUACAUUUAAAUUUCUCCUCAAACCAAAUAGUGAACAAAUAGUCGUGACACAUUUUGACCCUUCAUUAUGUGCUGUAUGCAAUCAAACCACAUAUAUGUAUUAAACCCCCAUCCAGAGUCCUCUGUGACCACUUCAAGCGUGAUAACAGGAGAAUAUAAUACCGAGUUUUCCUAAGUUUUGAUAUUAAAGAAAACUUUCAAAACUA